AUGGAUAGACAGGAGUACCCGACCAUGGUGGCCCAUUUGGAGCCUGGCCAGGCCAUCAAUGUUCUUAACGACCGUGUCCGACAGGUCGGCCGUCUCAAUUCUGACAUUGCCGACUGGCUUCAAGAACGAAGGAGACUUGAGGAACAAUACUCGGCUGGCCUGCACAAGCUUGCGAGGCGAUCACCCCCAGGCGACUCGAUUCAAGAUCUUGGCAUCUUCUCGGUACCAUGGACUACUCUUACUUCUGCGCUCGAGACGCUCGCCGAUUCGCAUCAAGUCCUGGCCCAGAGAAUUGAAGUCGACGUUGAGCGACCACUGCGCGACUUUGCCUCGACCAAUCGUGAGAUGCAGGCCAUGUCGACCAUCCAGGGCAAUCUCGCCUCUAUGGCCCGCGAUGUCGAGAACGCCCAGAAGAAGUCGGAACGUUUGAACAACAAGGGAUCCACCAACGCCUCUCGCGCCGACUCUGAGCUUGAAGGCGCACAAUCGCAAUGGUCCUCUCAAUCGCCCUACGUCUUCGAGUCGCUUCAAGCUCUCGACGAGAGCAGAUUGAACCAUCUCAGAGAUGUGCUCACUCAAUUCCAAACCCACGAGAUUGACGCGAUUGAGAAGACGAGAGUAUCGGCUGAAUCUGUGCUGAACAUCUUGUUGAAUGUCGAGACGGCGGAUGAGAUCAAGACAUACGCUCUACGUGUCUCUAGCGGAGACAUGGUACCAAAAGAGACAAGAGCCAGAAACCGCCAAUCCAUUUUCGUUCCUCCUUCGCUGGGUCCCAGCUCGCACCACGAUGAUGGCGCAAGCAUGCGCUCGGGAAGCGCACCAGCAGAACGGGCUUCCGAACCCGAGAAGAAGUCUGGCAAGGGAUUGAAGAGACUGGGCACAUUGCUUGGGCGAAAGAACCGUGAGAGCAAGAUGAUUCCCGACAGAGCGUCCGAGUCGCCAGAGCGCAAGCCAUCUAGGCCAUCGGCUUUCAACUCGCUGUCCAGUAGAUUUGGACGCAACAGCGACUUGCCCACACCGCUCGAAGAGAGCGAAGAGCCCACCCGCCCUCGUUCUCCUCUGCGUACUAUCACGAGCAACACCAACUCGUCAUACCGUGGCACUGCCAACGGCGACAAGGAGUUACCACCCAUUGAUGGCUCUGCCCAGUCACUGGCUGCUGCUGGUCUUGCGCCUGAGUCAAACCACCAGUCCUUCCAGCAGAGCAGCAGCUCGCACUUGCAGGAGCCUCUGCAGCCUUCGCAACCCUCGUUGCCUCCUCAAUCCACCUCACAACCAUUUGCCUCGGAGUUCCCUGCGACUAUGCAGCCCAUGCAACCAACACAGCCUGUGCAGCCCAUCCGUGACAGCCAAGGCUUCUCCGAGCCACCAGCUGCCGUCGACCCCAUCUCGCAGGCUGAACGAGAGGCCGCAGACGCGAAUGAUGCCAACCAGCCCCAGUUCAAGCUAGACAUUCGCAAUGCUCCCAUCGCUGAGGAGGGCGGAGACGCUGCUCUUACUAGCAUGGCCAACACGCUCAAGAUGCAAGCCCCUCCUCCAACCUCGCGCAGAGCAGGCACUGUCCGUGGCCGUCGUGAUAUGCGCGCUAGUGUAUACGGUCAAUCUCCAGUCACCACUCCAGACGUUACUACCGAAGAAGAGCCCGUUCGUACCAUCUCGCCUGCAGUCCAGACCCACGAGGCAACACGGGCCCCUCUGGAGAUCUCGACUUCGUCUUUGCCGGCUGCCCAGAGCCCCUCGUCCCCCGGCUUCGCAUCAUCAUCGUCUGCCUUCUCGCCCUUCCAUGGCUCCGCUCAAGCCAUCGCAGCCAACGUCUUUGCACGCCCAGCCUCGCGCAUCGGCGAAAGCGACUACGACGCAGGCUCCAUUCGCUCCGGUCGUUCCCUCAGCAGCUCGCAGAGCCAGACUAACAAGCACCCCGAUUUGCAUGAACCCGGUCUCAACAGCUCCAUUAUUGAGACCGUCAGCGCUUGGUUUGACCAAGGUCAACUUACACGUAGUGUCACCAUUGGUGAGAUUGCACUUGCCUACAACCCAACCAACUUCUCAUCUCCCUUUGGUCAUGAGAGCAUCCGCGUAGAUGGCUUCUCGAGCUUGGAAAAGGUGGCCCCUAACCCUGCCUUCUUGACUGCCGCUGGGGAGCAAUCUGGCGAGUACAGCGUCAACCUCGGCGGCAUCUCCAAGACUGCCGUGGCAUUCAAGUACCAAGUCUCCAACCCUGGCGCAACGGCUGCACCUCUUCUCCUAACUCCUGCCUGGAAGAUUGAGCCAACGCAAACCUCUGCUAUCCUCAGCUAUAGCUUGAACCCAGCAUUCAGCCUGCCUGCUGGCCAGACCAGCGUCACCCUGCAAAACGUGGUCUUGAUGCUCUACCUCGACCCCACCUCCAAAGCCACCACCUGCCUCUCCAAACCAGUCGGCAACUUUGAUAAGACCAAGAAUCUCAUCUACUGGCAACUCGGCAACAUCACUCUGUCCUCUACUCCCGGCAAGCUUCUGGCUCGCUUCCAGACUCCAGAAGGCGAAGCCAAGCCAGGACAUAUCGAGGCCAAAUGGGAAGUCGUUGGUGCAGACUUGGGAACAGGACUAGGCAUCAGUGUCAAGGAGGAAGCUAAAGAAGCUGAUCCCUUCGCGGACGAGAGUUUGGCGACUGCCGAAGGUGGCAACUGGAAGAGGGUUGCCGAGGUCAGGAGGGUUGUUUCUGGUGUCUAUCAGGCCAAGUAA